UCCUCCAUAUAUGCGAUUCAUCUUAUGCUCACGAUUGGCCAAGUGCAUUUUCUGACGAUGUAGUCAGGUCAGACGUACCGUAUUUAAAUGUUUUGGGUUUGAAAUACCAGAGUUUUUUCUGUCGCAAACUAAAACAUUAUAUUGAAAAAAUUAAUAUUGGUCAGAGUGAACUGCUGUGAGGAGGCGCGCCAGUCGUAGCAAAGGGUAGGCUACUGUAUUUAUCAUACGGCUGGCCUAUUUCAAUUUUCAAUACAAUUUCCGGAAAUCCUCUCAGCCAAGCCAGUGCGUUGACGCUCUCUUGUAGACAAUCAUUCUUUCUGGGCUCAGUGCGCUUGCUGUUCGUGUAUGAACGUUUCCUCUACAAUUCUACAACAGAAUAACACGAUGCUUCAGUUUCUGCGCUGUGUUAUAAUAUCUGCCUUAUUGAAUUGCGGUGGAGUAGUACAUGGAGCAAAAAAGAACAUCAGACCCCAAUUGUUUCAUUCAUGGGAAGUUGAAGACGGAAAAAGUGUAUUUAUUUUUGAUCAUGUGAUAGAUACUGAUAAACUUAUGAACCUGCAAUUGUAUUUCUUAUAUCCACGGAAAAUGAAAAUAAAUUUUGUACAUCAGAAUUUUGUAGAAAGCAUGGGACAAGGAUUAACACCAUUCAAUGUGAUGGCUAAUAAGACUGAAUUCUCCAACUUCGCUGUUUUCAAAAAUGCAAAAUCGUUGAUUAAAAAAUCUUUAGGCAAAGAGAUUUUUCUUGAAAAAGCUUAUGCUGAAGUACUUCAUUCACUUGAUCCCAAACCUCCUGUGACAAAGAAUUGUGAAGAUGGAAGUUAUAUUGCAACUGUAUUCUUAGCUAAUGAUUGGAAGCAUAAUAGCUAUGGACAGAUAUCUUUCUAUACCUUGUCUCGUAAUCGGAAUAUCACUGAGGAAUCGAGAUUGGAAAUAUCACAAACAGUUCAUCCAAAACCAGGAAGAAUGGUUGUCUGGCCAUCAUGUCUAACAUAUUGUCAUCAUCCACCUUCUGUUAAUUAUUUUGGAAAUCUGGCAACAGUGACAAUGGAAUUUUCUACAAAUGAACUUACAGAAGAUCCACCAAAACAAAAUGAAAAAGAUGAAAAGAAUGAAUUUGGCGAUUUCAAAUUUCCAAACAAGGAUUCGGAUAGGAAGAUUGAUUAUGAGAAACAUCUUAAACGAAAAUACUAUGACAGUCAGAAAAGGGGAAUUUAUGUUUUUGAUGAUUUAUAUACAACUGAAGAAUUAAGAGCUUGGCGUGAUCAUCUUCUUAAUGUUGGGAGACCUGGAAUCUCACACUAUGAUUUUGAUUUAUUAGAAGAUCAUGAUAAUGUACAGUGGAUUGUUCAAUAUAAUGUGUCACAAUUUUUGCAAACCCCUGUUUGGCAAAGAGUGGAAGAAUUGUUGGAGUUUGUUGGCGAAAAAAAUAAAUGGUAUCCUUAUGAUGUUGCUCUCAAUCUUGUACGACCAGCCGAUCAUACCAGAAUACAUCCAGAUGCUGAACACCAUCAGCACGAAUACACUUAUCUCUUGUACCUGACUGAAGGAAUAACUCAAAACGAUUUUGGUGAAACAGUCUGGUUUGAACAAAACUAUGAAAAUCUUGAUGGAAUUCAUCAAUUUACUCAUCCUGGUGGAGAGGAGUAUGAUCCAAUAGCAGCCGUGUGGCCGAAAUUCGGAAGAGUUGUGAUUUUUCAGAAUGUUAUCGAACACUCCGCUCGACCACUGAGUACAUCCCACCUAGGAUGUCGAUAUAGUUUUGCAGUUAAAUCAAGUAUAAAUAAACGUUCUUCUGUCAUAAAACAAAUGUAUGAAAUGAUGGAAACUACGGGAGACAUGGAUAGGAAGACAAAAAAAUUGAACGAACAACUCCAGUCAGGAAUGCAUGACGAUGAACAGAAUUCGCCGCUAACGAAUGAGGUGCUGGAAAAUCGCUUCUCGAAGCUUAUAUCUCGAAGGUCAAAAUAUCACCGAAGAGCAUACGAAAAUGAGAAACAACAGUUGUUGUAGACGCCUGGAAAAAAUCCAUGUCAGGAUUUCAAAUUGUGAAUUUUGCUGUCUGAAAAUAUGCCCAAACAAGGUCACAGGUAACCUUAUUGUGACUGGAGAAACUCGCUCAAAAACCACGCUAAAGUUAUGUUUAACAAGUGAUUGGAUUUAGAAGAACCUGUUGUCGUAUUUUUAUGUUCUAGACCAGGGGUGCGCAAACUGUUGCUCGUGGGCCAAAUUCGGCCCGCAAGGAAAUAUUGGGCGGGAUGCGCCAAUUUUGAAUAAUCUGCCCGUUUUUAGUUUAGUUAAUCUUGUAAAAAAGCCAAUACCAGCACCGGAGUGUCGCUGUCAAAAUCCUGUUGCGUAAUACACAAUGUUAUAAAAACGUGUUUCUCACUGAAUUCGUUUAAAGUCGGUGUGACAAUAAAUUGAAUAGCGGUUUUCUUCAGAAAUUUAUGCAUUUUUCUGUUAUUUUCAAUUUAUUUUAUAUAGGUAAUUAUUGUGCAUUUAGUAUUGUAAGAGACGAACAAAAUUUUAAUAUGAUGCAGAGAUGUAUUCGAAUUUAAUAAAAUUUGGCAAUAACUAAGAUCAUGAUUUUGUUUAAAAAAAAAUCUAUUUUAACACAUUAAAAUAAAAUUUAUAUACCUAGGCAACAACUUUUUAUGUAAUUAAUUCAACACUGAAAACUAUUCAAAUACGGACAUACACAGUAUUAUUGAUUAUAUAGAAUGGAGUUCCAUAGCUUCACACACCUAUUCAUUUUAUUUGUAUGCAGUCAUAUGCCUUAUAUAUGUCAUGUGAGAUUACAGUGCCUCUUAUUGGAGGUAUACAUGUUGUUUAAAAAGCUGCUCAGCCGAUGUUUUUGCCAUUUAUCACAUUGUAAAUUCUUUUAUUGCAUUAUGCCAGAAGAGAUUACUUAUUUUGUAGAAUGAUAUCAACUGUUUUUAUUGCUAUGCAUUAAACUCUUGUUUAAAACACUUAAACCAGAAAUUCUCAAUUUACUCUCCGCUGUUCUUUUUGCACGAUCAGUUUCGUGUUAUAUUUCUAGCUUGUUCUUUUUAUUAUGCAAUAUCCCUCCUAUAUUCAGACCAGUGAUGACUACGUCUAUUCUUGUCGUUUCUUGCAAGAAUAAAAACAAGUAAGCCAUA